AUGAUCGCACCGUUGCAGUACGGCGAUGCUACCAUUCCGCCCGGGUUCGUGGCACGUAAGAGCAAAAUUUUAUCUGAUUUGUCUGUUCCCGACGCGGAAUAUACGGAUCUGUCUCCGAAAGGGUCGGUCGAUGAAGGUAUUCGCGACUUGAUCAGAGACAUCAAUGCUUUGGACGGCCUCGUGACCACUAGCAGUUGCGCUGGAAGAGUAAGCGUUUUUGUGGAAGGGAGCAAAAAGACGAAGAAGAAACAAAAGACAGAUACCAUAUCUGCAGCAGAUGAAGAGUCACAAGCUGUAAACCAAGCUGCUAGCCAGGUUAAAGGUCAAUUUGAAGACGAGAAAACUGAGAAUGAGGAUAGAGACGGCAGGGAAGGAGGAAGGAUGUUCGCUCCUUCCGGCGGAAAGGGCGAGGGAAGGUGGUUGUACGUCUCACAUGAUCCCGUCGACAACAUCAAGUCUUCAUAUCAUGAGCUCUUUGGCCUUGUUCCUGGAGAUGGAGUCCCAAAAACCAGCACAUCAAGUGAUGCGAGUAUCCGGCUCAUUCGCUUUCAUUACGAUCCAAUGAUCCUACACGUUAUGGCGGCCACUCUUCAUCACGCCCAUCCAGUCCUAGCCGCUGCGAGCCAUGCAGGCUUUCGUGAAAGUGGACUUCAGAGCUUGCGGUGUCUCGAGGUCUCACAUAGUAGUGGUCCAAACCAGCACUUGACAGAUACUGCAUCACACAGCCCAAUUGUUGCCGUUCGCUCUUCUGGAUUAGCUCUUGAAUCUGUCAUCGGGUACUGCGAAUAUGUUGAAGACGACUCGGAACCAGUGAUGCGAAGUCUGGUCACGGAAGAGUAUCUACGAAUGCUCGUAGCUCUCGCAAAUGACAGAUUUGGCGUCAAUAAAGAGCGUGUGGAAAGAUUCCAGAACAGAUUACUCGAUCUUUAUAAGAUGGGUCUGGAUGGCACGCCCAAUACUGCUCAUAAAAGGCAGCCUCCUGACUGGGAAGAUCCACAGGCUAGGAAGGAGAGAAAGCGAAUUGAAGGCCUUAAGAGACAGGCAGAGACAACUCGACAGAAAGAAUCCGCUCUGAAACCUGAAUUCGAUGAGACAGACAUUGACAUGAACAUAGAUUUCUGA